AUGACAGUCCAACAACAUUCUCAGGCUCUACCUGUUAUCACCACCCAAAACGGCACAGAAGUUCACGAUGCAAACCACCAAGUCGUCAAGAACAUUGCUACCAAAGGAGUUGAAUACUUCAACCCCGAGCAGAUUCCCGCUCCUGGUCUAGGCCUGACUGGUCCCAACGACUCUCUUCCCAAGAUCUUCACACCCAUCAAGAUCCGGGGCGUCACCAUGCCCAAUCGCAUUUGGGUCAGCCCCAUGUGUCAAUACAGCGCCCGUGAUGGCUUCCAACAGCCCUGGCACUUUGCUCACUACGGUGGACUGGCCCAGCGCGGACCUGGUCUCAUCAUGCUUGAAGCCUCAGCUGUGCAGGCCCGAGGCCGUAUCACACCCGAAGACUCGGGUAUCUGGCUGGACUCGCACGUCGAAGGACUUCGAAAGCACGUUGAAUUUGCGCAUGCCAACAACUCCCUCAUUGGCAUCCAGAUUGCGCAUGCUGGUCGCAAAGCCUCUUGUGUUGCUCCUUGGUUAGACGCUGGACUUGCAGCUGAGAAGGCUGCUGGCGGGUGGCCUGAUGAUGUUGUGGGUCCUGGCGAUGAGCCAUUUGCUCCGGGCUACCCCACUCCUCGCGCCAUUACUCUGGAAGAGAUCGAGCAGCUCAAGCAGGACUUUGUCUCUGGAGUCCGUCGAGCUAUUGAGGCUGGCUUUGACGUUAUUGACUUGCAUUUCGCCCACGGUUACCUCGUCUCCAGCUUUUUGUCCCCUGCUACCAACAAGCGCACAGACAAGUACGGCGGAAGCUUCGAGAACCGAGUCCGACUCGCUCUCGAAAUUGUGGAGGCUACCAGGGCUGUGAUGCCCGCCGACAUGCCCUUGUUCACCCGCAUCAGCUGUACCGACUGGCUCGACAACAACCCUGAGUGGGAGGGAGAGAACUGGACCAACGAGCAGAGCAUCAAGCUUGCACAUCUCUUGGCGGAGCGAGGUGUUGAUGUCAUUGAUGUUUCCAGCGGUGGUAUCCACGAGAUGCAAAAGAUUGCUGGUGGUCCCGGCUACCAGGCUCCAUUUGCCAAGGCCAUUAAGAGGUCUGUUGGAGAUAAGUUACUCGUUAGCACUGUCGGUAAUAUCAAGACCGGCACUCUGGCCGAGGAGAUCAUCCAAGGCAAGGAUGACGAUACUCCUUUGGACCUAGUGGCGGUGGGUCGACCGUUCCAAAAGAAUACCGGACUUGUCUGGUCAUGGGCUGAUGAUCUGAACACGGAAAUUCAGAUUGCUCAUCAGAUCGCCUGGGGUUUCGGUGGUAGAGCUAAGACGAAUGUGCCCAAGCCUGCCUGGUAA